AUGGAUUACGAGUUCAAGCUGAAAACUGAUACAGAUAGGACGAAAGUAGAGGACUUGUUCGAAUUCGAAGGAUGUAAAGUCGGGAGAGGAACCUACGGACACGUCUAUAAAGCCCGUAGAAAAGAAGGUGUACCAGAUAGCGAAUUAAAGUCUAGGCCAGAUACUAAGGAUUUUGGCUUGAAACAAAUCGAAGGCACUGGCCUCUCCAUGUCUGCGUGUCGUGAAAUAGCAUUACUUAGGGAAUUGAAGCAUGUAAAUGUAAUUACAUUAAUUAGAGUUUUUCUAUCACACAUUGAUCGCAAAGUCUGGUUACUGUUCGACUUUGCUGAACACGAUUUGUGGCAUAUAAUAAAGUUCCAUAGAGCAGCAAAGGCUAACAAGAAACCUGUGAUGGUUCCAAAGGGAAUGGUCAAGUCUUUGUUGUAUCAAAUUCUUGAUGGUAUUCAUUAUCUACAUUCCAAUUGGGUCCUUCAUAGAGAUUUGAAACCAGCAAACAUCUUAGUAAUGGGUGAAGGAAAUGAAAGGGGUCGUGUAAAAAUUGCAGACAUGGGUUUUGCUAGAUUAUUCAAUGCCCCCUUGAAGCCCCUCGCCGACUUGGAUCCAGUAGUAGUAACAUUUUGGUAUAGAGCUCCAGAAUUACUUUUAGGUGCUAGACAUUACACGAAAGCUAUAGAUAUUUGGGCCAUUGGCUGCAUAUUUGCAGAACUCUUAACUUCAGAGCCUAUAUUUCAUUGUAGGCAAGAAGAUAUUAAAACUAGUAAUCCAUAUCAUCAUGAUCAAUUAGAUAGGAUAUUCAAUGUGAUGGGAUUCCCAUUGGAGAAAGACUGGGAGGAUAUUAAAAAAAUGCCGGAACAUCCUACGUUACUGAAGGACUUUAAAAGAUCAAAUUAUGCGAAUUGUUCCCUUACAAAGUAUAUGGAUCGGCAUAAAAUUAAACCCGAUAGCAAAGCUUUCAACUUGCUUCAAAAAUUAUUAAUGAUGGAUCCUAAUAAAAGAAUUACCUCCGAGCAUUCUAUGCAAGAUGCUUAUUUCCAAGAAGAACCACUGCCAACAGCAGAUAUAUUUGCCGGUUGUCCUAUUCCGUACCCUAAGCGAGAGUUCUUGACGGACGACGACACAGAGGAAAAGACUGAAAACAAAGCGCGACAAAAUCAGCAGCAAACUCAACAGAAUCAACAGCAACAAGGAAACGGCGAUCACAAUCACGGACAGAACGCAAAGCGCGUCAGACUGAACGGUCCCCACGGAGCUCCGGAGUUUCAUCAACACCAGAGUCAUGCGAUGACCCACCAACAGCCACCGGCGAUGGUUUACUCGACCGCUCAACCGACGCAACCAUCCAACUUCCACCAGCGUUUCUAAAUUACAUUUACGACUCGCGAUAAUAUGACGAUUAAAUUAUUCGAACUUUAUGAAUUCCACUGAUUUGUGUAACUAGAGCAGUGACUCCUGUGUAUCGAUUCGCAGCACGAUUAAUGUACAAUACGUAACGAAACAAUUUCCUGGCAUUUAUUGUUCCAAUGAAGACGAUAUCCCGUUCACUGCUGCUUGAUCAAUGUCGUUUGGAGCAGUAUGCAGACUUUUUAUUUCUAAUAAACAAAAUCAGUUUUCUAUAA